GAAAAGGCACUUUCACCUCUCUCAAAUCAUGGGCGAAGCGGAACCGCAGCCACCGCCAUCAACUCUGCGCCGGAGAAACUCCAAUCCAGCUCUUGUUCCCGCGAAGCUGCCUCUACCUACUACGAAACCCCUCCUUGCCACCUCCAGCCUCCCUAACGGCAGCGCAUCAUCUCAACCGCCACUUGACCUCGACGUUAUUUCUCUCAAAUCCCCGUUCACCACAUACACUUCCCUCAAGGACAUCAUCCCUUCUUCUGUCACCGUUAACUCUCCCACUGCGGCUGCCCCCACCUCUAAUUCCGGGUGCCAAAUUUCCAUCCGGAACCGCUUGGUGAAGCAAGCCGCCUGGGCCUAUCUCCAGCCUAUGUCCUCCCCCCCUGACUCGUCGGGCCCACACUUCAUCCGCCGCCUCUGGCUCCGCCUCUCCUCCCAUAACCCUCUUUCCAGCUUCCUCCAAUUCAUCCACAUUCACCUCCUCCCAGCUCUCAUGCGUGUCUUUGAUCGCAUCCUGCUCAUCCUAGGAAUUCACGCCCCGAGGUAACACAAUCCAUCGCCUGCAAUUCAUUGGAACUCAACGGAAAUGGUACGAAAAUUUAACUGGACUCAAAAAUGAAAAAAACUUUAUUUU